UGUUUCAUCUGCACGUGGUUCCGCUUCAUCGGUAGCUUCCCAUCUGCCACCGCCGUCCGCUUCUUCUCUCUUUCCCCUUCUCCAUCAGCAUCGCCGUCGGUUCUUGUCAACGGCAGUGACUGCCGUCUCCAUCUCCGUCGCAACUGUUUAGCUUUUACACAGCCAGGCGGACCAUUUUUUACCCCUUUCCUUGGAACCCUAAUACCUAAAAUUCACACUUUCUUUUCUUCAAUUGACUGCAAAUGACUACUGAAAGCAGUGAAGAGGGUCCUCCUUCCUUCUUCAAGGUCGUGCGCUGCCCUUCUGCCCCUCAUUUGGCGUUGCCAACUGCUUUUGUGAAGAGAUAUUUGGAGAAGAUCCCUAAAACCCCAAUACUCAAGACAGCAACAGGGGAAAGUUCUUGGAGAUUGAAGAUCAAAAAGAUCGGUGAAGAUUACUGUUUCUCCGAUGGAUGGGAGAAAUUGGCGAAGGAUGCCCAAUUGCGUAUAAUGGAUAUUGUUGUCGUAUCACUAAUUGAUCCUUUCACCUUCGAAGUUGCAUUCUUUGAUGCAAAUGGAUGUGAUAAAGACCUCCCAUUAAAUAACACCAGUUGGGUUUAUCUCUCUCUAUCUGUGUACCUAUAUUGCACAAUUAUAAAAAUUAAAUGGGUCUUGAAUGAUGGAUCUCUUGCUCAAGAGUUUUCAGGUGAUGCUGAUGAUGUAGAUGAAGUAAUGUCAGAUGAAGAAGAUGAUGGUGAUGAAGUUAUGCCAAAUGAGAAUCUCUGCUUUCAAAAGGUGAUAUCUGAGAAAUCCCACAGAUAUACCAUGACGUUGCCGCAGAAGUUUGUGAAGGCGGCGGAACUGGAGAACAGAAGCGGCAUAAGGAUGAAGGAUCAUGAGGGGAAAGAGUGGAUAAUGGGGUUGUUGGUCGAAAAAUACCACAACAGACAUAGUCUAUCAUCAGGUUGGUCGCUUUUCCGGCAGUAUUAUAACUUAUCAGAAGGUGAUAUCUGCCUAUUUAAGUUCAUAAAGGAAGAAGGUGUGUUGAGUUUAGCACAGGUGCUCAAGAACAAAAAAGCAGGGAAACAAGAGAAUGGUAAUCGGAAAGAAACUCCGGCGAAUAUGGAGGGGGUGAAGAGGAAGAGGGGAAGACCACGGGUUGAGAAACCUGGAAAUGGUAAUGGUGGUGGUGUGAAGGUGAAAAGUGAAGAUGAGGCGGAGGUGAUAAAGAGAAAAAGGGGAAGGCCACCGCUUCAGAAGCAUCGUGACGGUGGUGUUAAGAUUGAAAAUCAGUCGGAAGUGGUGAAGAGAAAGAGGGGAAGGCCGAGAGUUGAAGGGAAAAUUAAGAUUGAAGAUGGUGAUGGUGAUGGUGAUGGUGAUUGUGAUUGUGAUGGUGAUGGAUCAGUGGUGAAGAUAAAGGUUGAGAAAGGUGGUUUUAGUGGUGUGGAGGUGAAAACUGAAACAGAGACGGAGGUGGCGGCGGUGAAGAGAAAAAGAGGAAGACCGCCGCUUGAUAGAAGCAAGCAGCGUGUUAUUUACUUUUAAUUAAUUUUCCAUUUUUAUUUU